GUCACUGUCUCACUUGACACCCACUCUGGAUGUAUGACAAUCUGGAAAGAAACAGGUUGGCUUAACUCAAGUGGAAUGCUAAAGAAAUCAGUGCAUUGAUCCAUUUUCUCCCCCUGAGGCAGUUGUGGGAGUUGUUGAUUGCUGAUAUCCACCCCUUUCUUUCUGGGAUUGAUUUGAGGAGCUGAAUGCCUUGGAUCUCCUGAAGCCUAUACCGGCAACCAUGUCAGAGAGCCUCUUCAUCUUAGUGCCUGGGAAAAGCAGACCCUGCUGACAGCAGCGCAGAACAGUCGCCGUCCAGGUGUUGCAGCUCGCGUCUCGUCAUGCAGCCGGAGGAGGUAACGGCCUUGGGGACUCUGCAGAUCGCCUCGCAGCCCGUGCACCUGCUGACCAGUCACUCAAUCGUGGAGCACGAGGGCUCGCCGCGGGGCCAGAGCCAACAAGGCCAACAGCCCUCCGCUCCGCUGGGUCCUCCGUCGUCGUCUCCGCAGGCCCCCCCGUGCGUGGCCUCCGUCCUGGCGGCCCGCUGCUGGACGCUGGAGGUGGGGCUGGCCGUGCUCCUGAUGGCGCUGGCGGCCGUGGUCAUCCUGGCGCUGCUCUACUGGGCGCUGCUGCUGCGCCACAAGCUGAGGGUGGCGCGGGCAGGCAACGCGCUGGAGUACUGGGGCUUCUUCCGCUCGGCGCGCUACGACCUGAAGCAGCCCGGCCCGCCGGAGGCGUUCCCGCUGGCCGUGGCGGCGGUCGUCGCACCUGGGCCGGACGUGGCGGCACCGCUCCAGACCACAGACUCCUCGAAGACGCCGCUGGGUCCGCCACCUCCCGUGUCUCCCCUGCCCCAGGACUGGCCUCCUCCGUAUUCAGAGCCUCCUCCUCCUCUUCAUCCUCCUCCUCCUCUCCCUCCUUCUCCUCCUCCUCCUCCUUCUUGUCCUUCUUCUCCUCCAUCUCCUCCUCCUUCUCCUCCUCAUCACCCUUCUUCUCCUCCAUCUCCUCCUCCGUGUCAGCCCUCCGCUAGCUCAGGUCUUUCUCCACCCGAUCCUCCCCCCGUCGUACGAUCACGGCCUCGGCCGUCUCCGAUCCCACGCCACCUUACCACCAAGUCCUUGCCGCCGCCACCGCCGGAUUCGCCCGUGCUGCGGGCCUGGUCCGUCCCCAGCGUCCCUUACCCAUCCCUACCUCGACCUCUCCACCGACCGGAUGCCAGUCCGUCCCCGCCGCGGCCGCUGUCAGCUCAGCCCCUCCCGUUCGUCCACACCACCCCGCCCAGCCCUCACCUGUCCUGGGGCGCGUGCUCAGACGUGGAUGUGUACUCGCGGGUGGGGUCCAUGAGACUCUCCAGGACUUCCAGUCACAGCCAGACUCAGGUGAUCCUGUUUGAGCAUUCCGCUGUAUGAUUGGACGGCUUUUACUGUCCUGUUUCAAUCCUUUAUGUCUGGCCAUGUUAAUGACAGAAAGCAAGAGGAAUGUAUUUAAGGACAACAUUUGAUGUGGCCCUGGAAAUCCUUAAUUAAUUAUACACUGUACUGACACAAUAGAUAUUCAGCACAACUACCCUGUUGUACAGAAUAAGUGCAUUUUGUGUCACUGAAAUGAAAUCGAUGUAGUAUCAGUUUACCACCAAACUGACUUAUGUUUCAACUCACAUUUGAGAUAACACACGACUCCCUAGUAAUUCUUUUUAUGCUUCUGUUAUUGUCAUCAAGAGUAAUUCAUGUGUACUUACAUUUAGAACACUUCCAUGUGUUCAAAUUAUGCUGAACAAUGUUCAUUUCAUUUUUUGAUUUCCUAUUUGUAGCGGAAACAAAAUUGGCCUGUUGGAGUAGAGGUUAAGAACUGUAUCUCCAUUUUGUCUUUGAGACAUGUAUAUACAUUUGAAUAGUGUUUGAAUAAUGUUUGUAUAAUGUUUGCCUCCUGGUCAUUUUAAAUUAUAUUCACUUACUUACAAGCAGUGUUAUAUUAAUGUCAUUACAAC